AUGGACAAGACACCCGGGAUUAGUUGCAGAAGAGAAACCUCCGUGAUGAGCUUGAAGAGUGUGAACAGAGGCAUUUCUCAUCAAAGGACAAGUCCUAUAAUGUAUAUUGUUGAUGAUAGAGAUCAUAGGAAGGGGAACCAUCUUCUUUUGGAAGGGGGGAAAAGGGAGACUGAAGACCGAAUUUUUCCACGCAGUGUUGACGCUGAUGAUUCUGAUGUGGAAUUGAACAAUGAUGACGAAAGUGACGGUGACGACGACGAGGAUGAUGAGGAUGACGGAGAAGCUCUUAUGGCUGAGCUUGAACGAAUAAGGAAAGAGAAGGCUGAGGAGAAACUCUGUCAGGAAAAGCUAGAGCAAGAAGAACAGCUAAAAGCCAAAGAGGCUGAAGAAUUUCAUUUGUUGUAA